AUGAUAAACGACGACAACAUGUGCUUCAUGUGGUGCCAUGUCAGACACCUUAGACCUAAAGCUAGAAGAGCAACAACUAUAACCCAAAAUGAUAGGGACUUCGAGUUGAAUCUAGACUACAGAGGUAUUGAGUUCCCAGUGAAGAUAAGUGAUUUAGGAAAAAUAGAAAAGAGGAAUAACAUAUCAGUGAAAGGAUACAGGGGUAAGAAACAGUUCUACCCCAUAAGUAUAUGCAAGGGCGAACACGAAGAUCACAUGGAACUGCUACUACUAGGUGACGGUAAUGGAAAGCUACACUAUGUGUUGAUAAAGGAUAUUAACAGAUUACUAUGUACUGUGAGUAAGACCAAGGCGAACGCCCACUAUUGUCUACAAUGCUUCCACAACUGUGUGAGUGAAGAAGCACUUGCUAAACAUAAGGAGGUCUGUGUAAAAGUAAAUGGGGUGCAAGCCACUAGACUCCCCAAGGCGUGGUCAAAGAUAAAAUUCAAAAAUCGUAGGAACUGUCUCCCUGUCCCAUUCGUAAUCUACGCAGACUUCGAAUCAAUACUUGUUCCCAACGAGAACACUAAGAGUAACGCUGGUAGUGAUGAGAGUUACACGGAAAAGUAUCAGACUCAUCAAGCGUGUAGCUUCGGGCUGAAGACAGUGUGUCAUUACAACGACAGCUACUCAAGAGAAUACGUAAAUUACGUAGGGAAGGACGCCGCCUAUUUAUUCCUUAAGACUGUCAUCAAGGAAGCCGUAAGAUGUAGGAGUAAUGUUAACAACCUGUUUAAGAAGAAGAUGAUCAUCUCACCUGAACAAGAACAGGAAUUCAUGAAUGCCGCAGACUGUUCCCUAUGUGGGGAGCUCCUUGGGGAAGACAGAGUACGGGACCACUGUCAUAUCACAGGGUAUUAA